AUGUGGAUAAUCCUUUUGAUUCCAUUAUUUUUAGUUGGAGGCAUCUUUAUGAGUAGUAGAUGGCUUAUUUCAUGCUUUAGUCAUCUAUCUUUCUCUGCUUUCUGCAAAUUUUCUUCAUUUAAGUCAUCUAAUUUUUUAACACGAAUUCUAUACGCAUUGUUGUUUAUUCUUAAUUGUCUGUUUUCAUGGUUAAUGCGCUCAAGCUGGGCGAUCAAGAAAUUAGAGAAAUUAACACCAGGAAUAAGAAUGUCAUGUCCAGAAGAAAAAUGUUAUGGUGUAUUGUCGGUGCAUAGGAUUAAUUUUUCAUUGGGUCUUUUGCAUUUGAUUUUGGCGGUGUUAUUAAUGGGGAUACGCUCAAAUAAGCAGAAGAGAGCUUGUAUACAAGAUGGUUUUUGGGCAUUUAAAAUUAUUGGAUGGUCUUUAAUUGUAAUGACGGCGUUUUUAAUUAAUGAUUCUUUUUUUAUUUUUUGGGGGAAUUAUUUUUCUUUUAUAGGAUCAAUUAUGUUUAUUCUUUUUGGCUUGUUUUUGCUAAUUGACUUUGCUUAUUCAUGGGCGGAAAUUUGUUAUCAAAAAUACGAAAUAACACAAAAUAAUCUUUGGAAAACGUGUCUUAUUGGAUCUACACUUUUUAUGUAUCUUGGAACAAUUAUUCUUAUGCUCGUUAUGUAUAUAUUUUUUGCAAAGCCUGGAUGUUCGUUGAAUCAACUUAUUAUUUUUAUUAAUUUUAUUCUUUUGCUUGUUAUUACUACGAUAUCUAUUCAUCCUACGGUUCAGGAUUAUAAUCCGCAAUCAGGACUUGCACAAUCUGCAACAGUUUGUUUAUAUACUACUUAUCUUACAGUAUCUGCACUUUCUAAUGAACCUGUUGAUUCUAACAAUCCUCUUUGUAAUCCAAUGGCACAUCCUUCACAUACAAAAACAAUUAAUAUUGUUUUCGAUGCUAUUUUCACUUUCUUAGCAAUUGCUUAUAACACAUCUAGAGCAGCUGUGCAGUCGGCUUUUCUUUAUUCAAAAAAUGAUUCCCUCUAUUAUGAAAGGUUAAAGGAAGAAAAUGAUGAUGAUUAUCCGAUAAUUGAUGAGUCUUUACAUAAAAUGGAGCUAAGACAAAAACUUUUAAAAACAUCUGUUGAAACAGGAUCUCUUCCUGCUUCUGCUCUUAAUGGUUCAGAUGACAUUUUUAAUGAUUUAUCCGACCAGAAUUAUCUUGAAUAUAAUUAUUCUGUUUUUCAUUUUAUAUUCUUUCUUGCGACAUGUUAUACAACAUGUUUAUUAACUGGCUGGGGUACCCUAAAAACACAAGGGAAUAAAUAUGAUAAUAAUGGACCUUUUCUUGCUAUUGGGUACAGUUACUCUAUUGUAUGGAUGAAAAUUUUUAGUUCUUGGAUCUGUCAUGGAUUAUAUAUAUGGACAUGUAUAGCACCUGUUCUUUUUCCUGAUAGAUUCCAUUAAUCUUUUAAUAUUUCAAUUAUUUUAUAUAAAUUUAGUUUAUAGUUUAAAGAAUAUCAAAAAGC